UCCCCCCCCAAGCAGAGAGACCCCAGCAGCAGCAGCAGCUGAUGAUGAAGAGAGAGGCAGUGGCAGAGGGGGGGCACCUUUUAUUUCUAUUUUUAAAGGGACAGGACACUAAUUUUACCCCACUUCAACCUUGAAUUCAGGGGGGUGGGGGGAAGGCGGCUGAGUUCCUUCCCCCACCCUCCAGCCCCGAGACCUGAGAGGGGGAUUGAGACUGAGAGAGGAGAAGGAGUUUCUUCUUCUUCGAAAACCCUCGUCCACGACUCCUACCCCUUCACCCCUCCAGUAGCCUCCCUCCCGAGCCCCCUCCACCCUCCUCCUCUUUGGCCGUGAGAGGAGAGAAAGAGACCUAAAGCCUCUUAGCAACACAGACCCUUCUUUGCUGCUGCUGCUGCUGUUGCUGCUGCUGCUACUGCUACUGCUGCUUGGCCCUGGCUGGAGACAUCUCACUACACCCAGGAGCAGCCACUUCCCCACUCUCCUCCUCCUUCCCUCCUCCUCCACUCCCCCCCUUUAUUACCCUUUGUGUCAUCCUCCACAGCUCCAGGGAAGGCACUCCAAAGUGGGGGGCAGGAAAGAAAUGAAGCUAUCAUCACAAUUCUGUGUAUGGCACUUAAGGGUUUUUUAUGGAGGCACAUUCUUCUAAGAAUAUUAAGACAAUUAUCAACUUUCCAGUUUUCUAUGGAUAUGAAGAUUUACUCCUAGUCAUCAGUGGGACCCAAUGAAGUCAGCCAGAAAGCCUAUGUCCAACUUAUGUAUCUUUGCAAACUUGUCUGGAUUUUGAAUGUAUAGAUGCAAAACAGAUUGUACUUAGAUAUUAAUCAUUAAGCAUUGCUUGAAUAUCUACUGUCUCUCAGGCACUGUACUAGGCACCUGACAAAUAAGAUUACUACUUGUCUUUCAAUGGAAGUGUAUUCCAAAGAUCCCUAGUAUUGUGAAUGAGACGAAGAGGGAGAGAGACAGAGGAACAUUGAUCAGUCACCACCCAUAUGCAUGCCCAGACUGGGAUCUAAUCCACAGCCUCAGAUAAGGGUGAGACGACUGUGCAGAGAGCAGAAAAGGAAAUUAGAAGGAAAAGGAAAUACUGCAGACUGUGAUGAACAUGUCCUUGUGUAAGGAUUAAAAACUACAAAAAAAAAUGUUGUCAGUUUGGAGAAGUGAGUGAGAGGGGAAGCAAAGGAAUUAUCAAAAUGCUUUUUGAGAAUACCAGUUUCUGCAUAUGGGAAGUAGAUAUUGAAAGUUAUAUGGUUUACAGACAAUAUCUUUAAAAGACAGACACUCAAGGACCAAGGAAAUAAAAUACCAGAAGCCAAGAGCACAGAAUUUUUUUGUUAAUUCAUGGAAUCGUGAUACUUCUCUAACUGCAUCAAAUACAAAGGAAUGACCACCUUGGCAGAUGGCCACAGAGGAUGUCAACAAUUUUUUGGAGGCAAGCAAUGAAAUAUUGAUGCUAUGAGUUUUCUAUUAUUAAAGAGAAGAGGUGCUCCCACACGGGGACUCAUGAAGGCAUAGAGCAUCUAGAGACUUACUGCCUCCGUUACGCUGCUGGGUCUCACAGCACUUGUUAUGUUUUUAUCAGUUUCUCUCCAGAAGAGAUUGGAAACCCAAGUGCCUACAGAGGCCAGUCUGGUGGGAAUGAAGCAGGAAGCCGCUGCAGUGAGCUGGAGAACCAAGUUCCAGAUAAUUGUCGCAAGGCAGGCAUGUUGACCUAGUGACACCCUUCUGUCCAGUUUAUCAGGCUACGUUAUUAGAAUUUUGAAGACAUGAAAACAUCGGAUGAACCAACCUGCAACGUCUUGGACUCAGAUCGGAAGAUGAAGAGAAAGUUUAAAGAAUGUGGCCUCUAAAGGCGGGUAGUACCUGGAAAUAUUAACCGACUCACAUUGUAAAAAUGAGACCGAUUUUUAAACAGUAGAGAUUAUUUUAGUCCAACAUCAAGGUUCAAGACAACAUGUUGAACUAAAAACUACACUCCUCCCCUCCCCCACUUCAGACAGGUACCAGCAUUGGUCAAAUAUGGUUUUCCUUAGUCAGAAGCACUCCUUUUCACCCAUGUAGGUCAUUCUUAGGAAUUAAAUAUUGGUUAUUUAAUGUAGAUUAUAAUGGGAAACUGAUUUUUUCCACAAUGGCAGAUUUCAAGGACUUGGUUCCAAACUGAGCCGAAGCGUCCCAGUACAUUUUGUAGUCUGGGAACAACUAUGCUGCACUGGCCGUUUUUGAAGGCCAUCAUGCCCUGUAAUAUAAGGAUAUCAUCUUAUUGCUGAUAUCUUUGGAGAGUCCCAAGCAGAUACAGAAAAUGAAUGGAGGCAAGGAGUGUGACGGAGGGGACAAGGAUGGAGGUCUUCCAGCUAUACAAGUUCCUGUGGGCUGGCAGCGCCGUGUGGAUCAGAAUGGAGUUCUUUAUGUCAGUCCCAGUGGGUCUUUGUUAUCUUGCUUGGAGCAGGUUAAAACAUACCUGCUUACUGACGGAACAUGCAAGUGUGGCUUGGAAUGUCCUCUUAUUCUUCCCAAGGUGUUUAACUUUGAUCCUGGAGCUGCCGUGAAACAAAGAACUGCCGAAGACGUUAAAGCAGAUGAAGAUGUCACAAAGCUAUGCAUACACAAAAGAAAAAUCAUCGCCGUGGCCACACUUCAUAAAAGCAUGGAAGCCCCACACCCUUCUCUGGUGCUCACCAGUCCCGGAGGAGGAACAAAUGCAACUCCAGUAGUACCUUCACGGGCAGCAACUCCAAGAUCCAUAAGAAAUAAGCCUCAUGAAGGAAUUACAAAUUCUGUAAUGCCUGAAUGUAAGAAUCCUUUCAAGUUAAUGAUUGGAUCAUCAAAUGCCAUGGGAAGGCUGUAUGUACAAGAACUGCCUGGAAGCCAGCAACAAGAACUCCACCCUGUCUACCCCCGGCAAAGAUUGGGCAGCAGUGAACACGGACAGAAGUCUCCAUUCCGUGGCAGCCACGGGGGCCUGCCCAGCCCAGCAUCGUCAGGAUCCCAGAUUUAUGGAGACGGCUCAAUCUCUCCAAGGACUGACCCACUUGGAAGCCCCGAUGUUUUCACAAGAAAUAAUCCUGGUUUUCAUGGAGCUCCCAAUUCUAGUCCUAUUCACCUGAAUAGGACUCCUCUUUCUCCACCUUCAGUAAUGCUACACGGUUCUCCUGUACAGUCAUCCUGUGCAAUGGCUGGAAGGACUAAUAUACCUCUUUCCCCAACCUUGACUACAAAGAGUCCAGUAAUGAAAAAACCAAUGUGUAAUUUUUCAACUAAUAUGGAAAUACCACGAGCAAUGUUCCACCACAAACCACCCCAAGGCCCACCUCCCCCUCCACCUUCUUGUGCUCUUCAGAAAAAGCCAUUAACAUCUGAGAAAGAUCCACUUGGCAUUCUUGACCCUAUUCCUAGUAAACCGGUGAAUCAGAACCCUGUUAUCAUUAAUCCAGCCAGUUUCCAUUCAAAUGUCCACUCUCAGGUACCUGUGAUGAAUGUAAGCAUGCCUCCUGCUGUUGUUCCUUUGCCAAGUAAUCUCCCUUUGCCAACUGUAAAACCCGGCCACAUGAAUCAUGGGAGUCAUGUACAAAGAGUUCAGCAUUCAGCUUCAACCUCCCUGUCCCCUUCUCCAGUGACAUCCCCAGUGCACAUGAUGGGGGCUGGAAUCGGAAGGAUUGAGGCAUCGCCCCAAAGAUCACGCUCAUCUUCCACAUCAUCAGAUCACGGAAAUUUCAUGAUGCCACCUCUAGGACCCCAGGCCACUUGCAGUGGUAUCAAGGUUCCACCCAGGUCACCAAGGUCAACAAUAGGGUCCCCAAGGCCAUCAAUGCCAUCAAGCCCUUCUACCAAGUCCGAUGGACAUCAUCAGUACAAGGAUAUCCCUAACCCAUUAAUUGCUGGAAUGAGUAAUGUACUAAAUACUCCAAGCAGUGCAGCUUUUCCUACUGCAUCUGCCGGAAGUGGUUCUGUAAAGAGUCAGCCUGGUUUGCUGGGAAUGCCUUUAAAUCAGAUCUUGAACCAGCACAAUGCUGCCUCCUUUCCAGCAAGUAGUUUACUCUCAGCAGCAGCCAAAGCACAGCUAGCAAAUCAAAACAAACUUGCUAGUAACAACAGUAGCAGCAGUAGCAAUUCUGGAGCUGUUGCUGGCAGUGGCAACACUGAAGGACAUAGCACUUUAAACACCAUGUUCCCUCCUACUGCCAACAUGCUUCUCCCAACAGGUGAAGGGCAAAGUGGUCGAGCAGCACUAAGAGAUAAGCUGAUGUCUCAGCAAAAAGACUCAUUGCGGAAAAGAAAACAGCCACCUACCACGGUUUUGAGUUUGCUCAGACAGUCUCAAAUGGAUAGUUCUUCAGUUCCUAAACCUGGGCCCGACUUGCUAAGGAAGCAAGGUCAGGGUUCUUUUCCCAUCAGUUCAAUGUCUCAGUUACUGCAGUCUAUGAGUUGUCAAAGCUCUCACUUGAGUAGCAAUAGUACCCCGGGUUGCGGGGCCUCAAAUACUGCUUUGCCUUGCUCUGCUAACCAGCUGCAUUUUACAGAUCCCAAUAUGAACUCCAGUGUUCUUCAGAAUUCAUUGACACAGAGCAUACCUUUAAGAGGGGAAGCCGUGCACUGCCACAAUGCAAACACUAACUUUGUUCACAGUAACAGUUCAGUCCCAAACCACCACCUUGCAGGUUUAAUAAAUCAGAUUCAGGCUAGCGGGAACUGUGGGAUGCUCAGUCAGUCGGGCAUGGCUUUAGGAAAUUCAUUACAUCCCAAUCCACCUCAGUCAAGAAUUUCAACGUCCUCUACUCCAGUGAUACCAAACAGCAUUGUUAGCAGCUAUAAUCAAACAAGUUCUGAAGCAGGCAGGUCAGGACCGUCAUCCUCCAUUGCCAUAGCCGGCACCAGCCACCCUGCCAUCACAAAGACAACAUCUGUUCUUCAGGACGGCGUCAUAGUCACCACUGCAGCUGGAAACCCACUGCAGAGCCAGCUGCCCAUCGGGAGCGAUUUUCCUUUUGUUGGCCAGGAGCACGCACUUCAUUUUCCAUCCAACAGCACUUCAAACAACCAUCUUCCACACCCCUUGAACCCCAGCCUCCUCAGUUCUCUACCUAUCUCUUUGCCAGUGAAUCAACAGCAUCUCCUAAACCAGAAUCUAUUAAAUAUCCUCCAGCCUUCAGCAGGAGAAGGCAAGUCUGAGAUCAACCUCCACCCCUUAGGUUUUCUCAACCCGAAUGUAAACGCUGCUUUAGCUUUGCUCUCCGGUGACGUGGAUGGGCAGGUAUUGCAGCCUGUUCACUUUCAGCUCUUAGCAGCCCUGCUUCAGAACCAAGCCCACGCAGCUGCCAUGCUUCCCCUGCCAUCUUUCAAUCUGACCAUCUCAGAUCUUUUUCAACAGCAAAAUACCCCUUUCCCCUCAUUAACACAGAUGACAGCCCCACCAGACCAUUUGCCAAGCAAUCAGUCAGAGAACAGCCAAGCUGAGACCCUUUUAACCAGCCCCCUGGGGAACCCUUUACCAAGCUUUGCAGGCAGUGACACUGCUUUUAACCCCCUGUUCCUCCCAGCUGUCACUGGGGCCUCAGGAUUAAUGGCCUUGAAUCCCCAGCUGUUGGGAGGUGUCCUGAACUCGGCAUCGGCCAACACCGCUAAUCAUCCAGAGGUUUCCAUAGCAACUUCCUCCCAGGCAACCACUACCACAACCACUACAUCAUCAGCAGUGGCAGCACUGACUGUCUCAACACUUGGUGGGACAGCAGUGGUGUCAAUGGCAGAAACAUUGCUGAAUAUAUCUAAUAAUGCUGGGAACACACCUGGUCCAGCUAAACUCAACAGUAACUCUGUGGUGCCACAGCUACUUAACCCUCUACUGGGGACAGGUUUGCUUGGUGACAUGUCCUCAAUAAACAAUACUUUGAAUAACCAUCAACUGACUCAUCUACAGUCGCUGUUAAACAACAAUCAGAUGUUUCCUCCAAAUCAGCAGCAGCAGCAGCUUCUUCAGGGCUCCCAGAAUCUCCAGGCAUUUCAAGGACAGCCCGCAAUCCCUUGCCCAGCUAACAGUAACCCCAUGGCUUGUCUGUUUCAGAACUUCCAGGUGAGAAUGCAGGAAGAUGCAGCGCUCCUCAACAAAAGAAUAAGCACUCAGCCAGGGCUCACAGCACUCCCUGAGAAUCCGAACACCGCACUCCCACCUUUCCAAGAUACAUCUUGUGAUCUGCAGCCCAGGAUGGACCCACCUCUGGGUCAGCAGGUGAAGGACGGCCUCGUUGUGGGUGGCCAAGGUGACGCCUCGGUAGAUGCCAUUUACAAGGCAGUUGUUGAUGCAGCCAGCAAAGGAAUGCAGGUUGUCAUCACCACCGCCGUCAACAACACGACCCAGAUCAGCCCCAUUCCAGCUCUGAGUGCCAUGAGUGCCUUCACUGCUUCCAUCGGUGACCCGUUAAGUCUCCCCAGUGCUGUCAGCGCGGUCAUUCACGGACGGAACAUGGGCACUGUCGAUCAUGACGGGAGGCCGAGGAGUGCCAGAGGGGCACGGCUGCCUAGGAGCCUGGACCAGGGAAAAAACUCAAACGAAGGAGAUGGGUUUGAAUAUUUCAAGUCAGCAAGUUGCCAUGCAUCUAAAAAACAGUGGGAUGGGGAGCAAAGCCCUGGAGGGGAGCGCAACAGGUGGAAGUGUGAGGACUUUUUAGAUCAUGCAGGCCAUGUUCACAGUAGUCCUUGUCACGAGAGGGCCAACAACAUCUCUACACUGCCAUUUCUGCCUGGGGAGCAGCACCCAAUACUGUUACCACCAAGAAACUGUCAAGGGAAUAAAAUUCUAGAGGAGAACUUCAGGUAUAAUAACUACAAAAGAACUAUGAUGAGUUUUAAGGAGAGGCUAGAGAACACUGUGGAGAGAUGUACACACAUUAAUGGGAACAGACCGCGGCAGAGUCGUGGCUUUGGAGAGUUGCUGAGCACCACCAAGCAAGACCUGAUCCUAGAGGAGCAGUCUCCAAGCUCCUCAAACAGUUUGGAAAGUUCUCUGGUCAAAGACUGCAUCCAUUACAAUGGAGACUUUAAUGCCAAAAGCAUUAAUGGGUGUGUGCCUAGCCCUUCAGAUGCUAAAAGCAUUAGUAGUGAAGAUGACCUACGGAAUCCAGACUCCCCCUCUUCAAACGAGUUGAUACAUUAUAGGCCAAGGACGUUCAAUGUUGGCGACUUGGUCUGGGGCCAAAUCAAAGGACUGACUUCCUGGCCUGGAAAAUUAGUAAGAGAAGACGACGUUCACAAUUUAUGUCAACAAAGCCCCGAGGAAGGGAAGGUGGAGCCCGAGAAGUUGAGGACACUAACAGAAGGUUUUGAAGCCUACAGCCGAGCCCGGAAAAGAAACAGAAAAAGUGGAAAGCUAAAUAACCAUUUAGAAGCUGCUAUUCAUGAGGCCAUGAGUGAACUGGACAAAAUGUCUGGGACUGUUCACCAAAUCCCCCAGGGAGACAGACAAAUGAGACCCCCCAAACCCAAGAGGAGGAAGAUCUCCAGAUAACAGGGACUGCUCCACCACCCACAGUGUUUAUUCAAGGGACGUGCACAGACGUAUCUCUAGAUAGGUAUUGAUACAGCCACUGUUGUGUCGAUAUUUAUACUCUGGCAGAGAGCUACCACCGCCACAGGGUGCUAAAAGAAAUGGGAUACAAUAUUUUUUUGGUCAGGAAAGGUAAUGAAUGCUGGAAAAAACAAUCAAAAUCCCUGAAUAAUGAGAGUGAUAAGUGGUCAAGAGAUUACUAAGCAACGCUUUUUUUCUAUAAUACUAAAAUUGUGAUUAUAAGAAAUAGUCCAAAUGUUUCUGAAGAAUUUUCAAUGUUGUAUAUAGAAAAUACAGAAUUUCAUGGCGAUAUCAGAAAUGUAAAUAUUGUACAAUAUUGUCAUGUACAAGCGUACCUAAUGCACACUUUAUCUUUUAUUGUACAAAGAAAUAGUGUACAAAAUUCUUUGGUUUCUAUGGAGUACACCUACCAGAGACUACCAGUGUAAAGUGAUAAAUAAAAAUACAACCUAAAUGCUUUUCUAUGAUAAUGUAAAAGAUGCUGUUUUUGUAUUUAACAGCAGAGAAGAGGCAUGAUGCUGUAUUCCCUGAAUUAUGACAUGCACCGCACACCGCCGAGUGUCCACUUCUAUUGUCUGUUUGCAAUGAACCUGGCCUGGAAGUGCUGGACUAGACUUCGGGCGUCCAGGAAAUGGAAACCUUGCAGAUUUCUAAAGGGAUGAGGGCUCACAGGUCUAAAUUAAGAACUCAGAAACUGCAACCAUUUGUUGCAUAUUUUUUUUACCUAAGUUUUAAUGUAGAAUAGAUUUUAUACAGAAAUCUUAGGAGGACUGUUUUCCGCAGUCAUUUCUGUAGGCAACAUUCAGUAGCCACCUGUGGAACUACAUAGUUGAUGCUGCACCGCCACCGAGGCUCAGAGUUCAGUCCUUUUACAGACAAUACCUGGCAAGGUGAAACUUUCUGUUCCCAGAACCAGAAGCUAAAGCCCCACUUUGAAAUCAUUAUCAGGAGUAAGGUUGAUUCUAAUUCAGUUUUUCUUGAGCAGCAAAAAAGAAAUAUAAGUCAUCAAAGCAAAUUUCAUAUAUCCAUUCAUCAAUGUUACUUAAACCAGGAGUUAAGGUGGCUUACAAAAUUAUUAGCAGUGGUAAUUUUUUAUCAGUAUUAUGUAACAUAUCAGAUUUAUUUUAUUUAAAGAAUUAUUUAUACCAUUAACAGAUUCUUAUAUAUAUAUAUAUUAAUGUGGCUAAAUGUGCAGGUUAAAUCUAUUAACCAAAUUAUUUAUAUUAUAUUAAGUAAGAAAAACAUGGAAACAAAUGUAGAAAGAAAAUACUACAUUACGAGUAUACAAACCUAAAACUGUGAGCCAUUGUAAAGUACAAGGUUAUUAAUAAGAAAUGUAGCACAACAUAAUUUUCCGUCUUUUUUUCACAGUUUUUGUAGUGGUGGUAUAACCUUAUCUCCCAGGCAGUUGAGCAAAUUUUCAGGCCUCCAGCCUGACUUCUGUUGAUGAAUUGUCAAAAGUCCAUCAUCCCUUUAUUCUUACUACUACCAGCCUCCACCCCCAAAUCCUUAUACUCCUAGGGAGCGCUGCCUUGUCCCCCUUGCCUGGGGCUCACUCAACAGCCUAAAAGAUCGGGCUGUUGGGAGGCCCUGCCUAGCUGACCCUGGCCCCCAAAUGCCCGCCACCUCCCUCACUCCUCCUCUCAUCCCGCCCCAAACUCCUCAGAGUUCCAGUAACUCAGGAAGAAGGAGACCAAGGUCAUUCCUCCGAUUGGUUUCUCGGGGCCACAGCACAGAGCACUGCACCUGAGCUCACCGUUAAUAUCAACAGCUCUUAAUUCUUCCCCCAGGUCUCCUGUGUCUCUGUGUCCUUCCCACUCCCACCCUCGGCCCUACCCCAAGCCUGCUGGCCUGCAGCGGGCCGCCUCGGCCUGGUGGCCCGCAGGCAGGCACCCUUCCUUCCGAGGCAGGUUGGUUUUGUCCUUGGAAUAGUGGUGGGAUGGCCUGCCCGGUCCUUCAUGUAGUCACCUCCAGUAAUCUUAUACAUAGUUUAGUUGGCACAUUUUUGUUAUAAGUUGAUGUGUUUGGCAUGUUAAAACCAUUAAUGUCCAUUUCUCUGCACCAACCUGCUUUUCCACUGUUUUGUUUACAUGGUUGUUUUUACUCACAGAGAGGUGCCCACGUCUGUGUGCAUGUGUGUGCAUGUGUGUGUGUGUGUUGAUAUGCAGAGGUUUUCAUAGCCUUUACUUUUUUGUCUUCAGACUGAGUUUGUGUCGACCAAGCCUUCCUUUUUCAUAUUCUAACCUAACCGGGCCUGUGCUCCCGCCACCUGUGUGUACUUUACAUCACGAGACCAUGUAAAGUAUGUCUGCGCCCAUGAUUUCACCGGCUGCUCACGGCUUCGAUGUGGGUACUGGGUGUCGUUUCAGCCCACAUGGGCUUUUCCCCCCGCUCUUUCACAGUUUCGUUUAUAGUUUUAUGGUUUCGUGUAAGCAGUCAUUGUAAAUAUUGUUAGCAUUACAGGUCAUGCAGUGCUGUAACAUUUUUUUAAAAUGUUGCACCUACUUUAUGAUUAAAAAAUUGGUCACCGUACUUGAAUUUUGCCCUUAGAGCCAUUUCUUUCUCUUUGUACUGAAGCCAAUUAAUUUUUUUAAAUGAAGCUAGCCCUUCUACAUUAGUACAUUUUUUAUUCCCUAAAAUAAACUUUUCCCCACCAACAUAUCUGAGAAUGGCAACAGACUGAAGAAUUUUUGUUCCUAUGAGGAACAGAAUCGUCUCCCUUGGAAAAGGAAAUCUAGUUUUCUCCUGUUCCCUUAACAGUCUUAGGAGCACAAGGAGAACAGCCUAUACUUUUAAGUAGUUUUUGAAGAUUAUUUCAAAUGAGUGAAUAUUAACAGAGCACCUCUCAUUUGAUUUGUCUUAUUUGUGGCAUUAAAAGCAAUCAGGGUUUUUAUUUAUUUAAAGGGACAUUUUUGGUUUGUACUUUUCAGUUCUACUGUAAAUAUAAAUGCUUUAAGAAGAAUAGCCAUCCCUUGUGAUAUCAUGGGCCACUGUUAGUCUUUUAUUUAGACCCUGAGUUAUUUGCUAUGUCUGGUUGUUUGUUUGUUUGUUUUUAACUUAAACCCAACCUUCUUUUUUGAACAUAACCCAGUAGAAUUGUGGGAGGAGUGGAAGGCAGUUCUUUCGCUUUCUGUAAGUUUUACGAAGAUUCUCCACUGACUUUUCCACUGAGGAGUUGAUUCCUCAUUCCAGACCAGGACAACCCAUGGUGGUUAACUCUGGUAAUCUGCCGCUCGAUUUGCAACGUUCUCUUGGAAGUCACAGGCAGUUUCGCAUUGAGAUUUUAAAAUCUAAGACACUUAAGAUGCUGGUUACAUCACUCUUCCUAAAAAGAAAGCCAAGGAUUCUAGACCUCACCGGAAAUGUGAUAUCUUGUUUACUUUGCCCAUUCAUGCCCAAAUGGUGUAAUGCGAAAGACUCGGACUGAUCACCACAGUGUAUAAAGUGAGUUGUGUGUUACUCGAUCCAUUGGGGGCUACGAACAAAUAAUAUCAACCAGUCAGAACUGUAAUAGAGAACUGUAAUACUGAAUUAGUUUAUCUUUUUCUUUCAUUCACUCUGUCACAUUUGCAUUAGCCAAAGAGAUAAGAACAUUAGUAAUUCAUAUGUGUAAAAAAACCCCGAAGUGAUUAUUAAAUCAGCGAGCCAAAAAGCAAUAAACAAGCAUGGGAUAUCCUGCUAACAGUGGGGAGUCUGAUAUAGAAAAAAUAUACAAAAAAGGAUUUUCUUAAAUAUAAAAGAUUAAUUUGUAUCUACUGUAAAUGUGUAUUAUCAGCCUUAUGUGCUUUUAUACACACUGUGUGUGUGCCUCAGUGACCUUUUAUAAGCCGGAAAAAAAUGGUUGAUUUACUAAUUUGCUAUGUAAAUACAAAGUUGUCUAUAAAUUGGAAACUUUGAUGCCAGAUGGCUUCACGAUAUACAAAUGUGUUUUGUAACGUCAUGCCGUUAUGGAUUAAGUGUGAACACACUGGAUCGUCUGUGUAGAAGAGUAGCU